CAGUUUUUCCCGCAAUCCCCAAAAUCAAAAUUGAACUCAUUUUACUAGUAAAUCUAUUCAACCCACCUCAAUUGCAACACAACACACAGAGAUUAUUUGCAUUAUCUCUGGCUCUCUGCACUCAAAACAAAUUAUCUCCUCACACUUCAACUUUUGCAUCAGAUUCAAUUAAAGAAUAUUAUAGAGAGGAGGAAUCAGGCAUUCCAUGGCAUCCAGUGCAGGGGAGGGAUCUGGAUCUGGGUUGGUGGACACAGAUGAUUAUGAAUCCUUGAUAUCGACUACUGAUGCAGAACUCUUGAAGCAAGCAUGGCGAAAUGAAAAGGCUGCUCCUGAAAUUCUUCGGUUUGAAGCCUCUUUGGUUCAGCGUUCAAGAGAACAAAUACAAUUGAUGGAAGAAACAAUAGAGGAAUACAGUAAAAAUGGUGUGGAUGCGCUCACUGUCUCGCUCUAUCAGAUGGACUUGGAUAGGACUAUGUUUUUGUUGAGAUCGUAUCUCAGGACUCGUCUUCAAAAGAUUGAGAAGUACGCGUUUCAUAUUCAAAAGACUUCUGAGCUUUGGAAUCUGCUUUCUAAACCAGAGCAGACGUUUGCUAUUAGGUGUACAGAUGAUAUGGGACAACUUUUUGAACAAUCUGUUCUAUCAAAACUGCCUGAUCGUUACAAAUCCCAUUUGAAGCAAUCUGUCAUAAGUGAAGAGGAUGAUAUGGUUCCUGAGGCUCAUUUAGACAGUUUCGUCAUUUGCCGAUGCAAAAGAUUUUUAGGAGCCUUCCAACUUGAUGAGACUGGAGUGGAGAAACCAGUGGACCUGGAAGCUGAUGAUCUCUAUGCCCUGCGUUACAAAUCGAUAAAACCACUGGUUGAAAGCGGCCAAGUUGAUCUAGUUUAAGUUUAACUGCAUGUUGCAGCUGAUAGAAGUUCCUUCUGGAUCAAUCGUAGUAGUCUAUAGAUGCCAAGGUAAGCCAGAACUCAGAAGCAUUGUUUGUCAGCAGAGUGUUGUAUCAUGUAUGUGUAUUGAACAUUUCUUAUCUUGCUCUCUUGUGAUCACAUUUUUUGUAAGUUCUGCAAACAUUUUACUAAAACACACAUACACAUCCAUUUCUUGA